AUGGCAGAGAAUUUGGAUAACCGGCGGCGGCAGAAGCAGCCGACAAGGUUGCAGAAAAGGGCUCCGGCAUCGAUUCAGAUAAAUCCAGUGACGGAUUGGAACGUGGCGAUACCUCUCUUAUCCCCGUUGGUUGAAUCACCGACGUCCAACAGUUUUCCGGCUGAGAUCAAGACCGGUUCUAAUAGUAAUAGUAAGGAGCCUGUAGCGGCAGAGAAGCCAGUGAUGGUGAUGAAAAAGUGGCAGCAUCCAGCGGCGCCGUUUUGUUACGAACCGGCUCCAUUGUUGCCCUUUGUUUGUACAGGAAGUUUUGAUAGAUGA